ACGACAUAAUAAGAGUCAUGUGGAUCUUGUUUCUGUGCCGGAGGCUGUUUUUGGCCCUGGGUGUAAACCCCUGGACACCCAGCUCUGUGGGUAGGAAGAGGACUGUGUCAGUCACCAGGGCCCAGAGCGAGGGAGGAUGCCCAGGGAGGAUGCCCACCCUACACAACCCGGAUACUGCCUCUAUGUCUGGGAAGAGAAAUGGACCUCACCUCUGCCAGAGUCAAGAGUUCAUGACACUAACUCUCCUAGUCAGGAAUGCAUGACUUUUCGAAAGACACUCCUGGUCCCUGACGUUACCAGCAUGGCCAUAUGGUUCAUCAUUGUCCUAUUUUGCAGUUAUGAUGUGGGUGCAGAAAUGGGGACUACCCCCAACUUGAAGCAAAUAGUGAUUGGGCGAUGCUUUGACUACAUCACACUCGUAAGCCCUACCUCAAGAUAUGACUGUGAAGCUAUCUGGAGGGAGUUUGAGGAAGCAGUUGUGCGACGGUCUCCCUGCAACGUGAAGGUUAAAGAUUACAAAAGAAUGUUCCGUGCCACGCCACAGUCUUUGCCGUGUGACAGGCUCCUGUUCUGGAGUAAGACCCGGGAUCUGAUGCACAGCUACGCAGCCGUGACGCGUCGCUUCUGGACCCUGGAGGACACGCUGGUGGGCUACAUGUUCAACGACCUCGUCUGGUGCGGACAGCAGGAGAAGGACAGAGGCUUUGAUUUCAACUCUUGCCCAGAGUGGUCUGCGUGUGUUAAUCAUCCUGUAUAUUCCCUCUGGAGGCGCGCUUCACAAAAUUUUGCUGAAGUGGCAUGUGGCAACAUCACAGUGCUGCUUAAUGGAUCCAUCGAGAAUGCCUUCAACAGGAAAAGCAUGUUUGCGAGUGUUGAGCUGGGCAGUCUGAACCCCAGGAUGGUGGAUCACGUCAACAUCAAGGUGGUUCCAAAUCUGGAGGGGCCUUUCAUUGAAUCCUGCUCUCAGGGAUCCAUUAUCAACCUCAUAAAGAUCCUGCAGGAUAGAGGGUUCCAUUGGACCUGCACAGACAACGACUUGACCCUGAUUAUGCUCCAGUGUAUUCAGAACCCUCUGCAGUUCUCCUGUCAGACAUGUUCAAACAGCCUGCUGAAAAGAGAAAGGACAACUUAAGUGAAACAGCUGCUAAACUGGUUUCGGAUCCAAAGAUGUGCAGACCAGAGCCCUAUUAUAAUUUUAGGUGUCAAGUUACUUUCGAAUGAACGCAGGUUCAUCACCUCAGUUCAUUGUCAGUCUCUAAGAAGCACGUCCUUUCAUCAUUUCCAAAUGUCCAGCAGUUCACAAUCACUU